GUGUUCUUUUGGGAUCCCUGUGUUUUCACUUCACGUGUUAAGAAACAAGAUGGCGGCUCGACAGAUUGCGAACAGAUUAUUUGUAGCUCGACUGCCAUGGACGGCAUCUAGAGAUGAUCUUACGACUCAUUUUAGUCAGUACGGCAAAAUCUUGACAAGCAAAAUUAUUUUCGACAUGAAAUCAGGAAGAUCAAAAAAAUAUGGAUUUGUCUUUUUUGCCGAUGAGGAGAGUUGUGAAAAGGCAGUUGCUGAUGACAAACACGUUAUUGAUGGCCAAAAGGUCGCAGUAGAAGUAAUGACCGCUAAUUAUGAAUCAAGAAGAAGACAGGAUAGAUAAUUUAGGAGCAGAUAACUAAACCUUUAAUGAGCUCGCAUUCAAAUUGCUCUGUAAAAUACAGUUAUCAUUGCCUUAAACCUCAGUUUCAAAGCCUAAGUGCUACUAUACUAGUCUAAGGGCACUUUCCUUUUGAGUUAAACUGAUCUUUCCAAGCAUCCAGUUCUCAAAAGGUACAAGUCAGUUCUCAAAACUGGUUUGGGCCACAUUGGUCCAGCUCUAAGAAUUGAUGUGUACCAUUUGAGAACUGGCUUCUCGGAUCAAUCUUUUUGACUUGAUGGAAAGGGCCCUAAUAGUCAACCCCAAAUCUUAUUGUCAUUUUUUGUCAACUAAACCAUUAGUUGAAGACUUGAAUUUUUUUUCUCUGUGGUUUAUUGAUAUCACCCUUCUGAUAAUGUUAUUGGAAUGUACAUGUGUAGAUUUACAAUGUCACAUGACAAACCAUAAAAUAUAAAUACCCCAUGUAUCCCAUAAUGCAUUACCUCUAGUGACAGAAGGUUUUGAUAAAUUUAUGUGUUGACAUGAAACAUUCCCAUAAUACCAACUUGUGCUGCUUUCAAAUUUUAUUCACUUAUUAAUCUUUAUACAAUAAAACAUUGUUUAAUGAACCUUUUUAAUGAGGGUAUAGCAUAUAAAGUACUGAAGCCCGUUUCCAACCUGUGUUCUAAAGGUGUUUUUGCUCCAGUGCUUACCACUCAUAGGUUAUUUGGCCAUGAGAAGCAAUGGAGUGAGGGAGCCUUUGGAAUCAAGGGAAGGUUACUGGCUUUAUAUCUUUAAUUAAGUGUAAGAAUAAAAUACUCUUGUGAUAACCACCAUUCUAUUCAUCAAAGUCAACUUCACUGUAAUUUUCACCACCAUUUGGUUUUGAAGCUCUGAAAUAUAAAAAUAAGUGUUAUAAAAUUUUU